CCAAUCGGAUCAGAUUCCGAAUCCGGCGAAGUGAGCUAUUGUCGGAAAUUGUAAAUAAGUGUUUUUUUAAUCUUCAAUGGGUGGAUUGCCGAGGGAGAGAAUGGGGAAGAAAUUCGAGUCACUUGCGAGGUCAUGUGGUGUCGUCAUAAUUUCCCUUCUCUUUGGCGCCUCCAUCGUCCAUAACAUCUUCAAGCCUGAUCUUGUAUCCACUCCUCUCCCUUCCUAAUUGCUUUUAGAGUUUGCCUCAAGUGGAAAAGCAAUCGACUUUUCUCUCCAGGUGCACUUGAACUGAAAAACCUUUCUAUCUAUGAUUACUUGUUUGUUAGAUUCUGUCUUCAAUUUUCCCCUACUCUGCUGACUCGUCUCUGCCCGGUUUCUGGUUUAGUCUAAAGGACUAGGAGGAUGAUUUUGCUGAUGAAAGUAGUCAGCUUCCUUUUAGACGCACACCACUUUGGAGCUUUGAAGCCAAUGAAUGUGCGUUGUUUUUGCACGGGACGUUUGCUCCAGCAAGUUGCUGGCUCCUUUGACUAUGACAAACUUUUGCAACGUUGCAUCCUGCGAGGAGCUAGAAAGCAUGGCCUUUUGGCUCACUCUCAUAUGAUAACAAGUGGGUUUGUCUCAAAUCCUCAUUUAAACACCAAAUUAAUCAUCUUCUAUGCAAAGAUUGGUGAUGCCAGAGCUGGUCGGGAAGUGUUUGAUAGAAUGACUGUAAGGAAUGUUGUGUGCUGGACAGCUCAGAUUUCAGGUUAUGGGAAAAAUGAGUGUUAUGAAGAUGCUCUGCUGCUGUUUUCAGAAAUGCAUAGAGUGGGGGUCAAGGCCAAUCAGUUUACUUAUGCUAGCGUGUUAAGGGCGUCUUCUCGUUUGCAAUGUUUCAAGAGAGGGUUGCAAAUACAUAGUUGUGUACAGAAGAGUAGGUUUGUCAGCAAUUUGUUUGUGCAAAGUGCAUUGAUUGAUUUGCAUUCUAAGUGUGGAAGGAUGGAAGAUGCUUGUUAUUUGUUCGAGACAAUGCUUGACAGAGAUUUGGUUUCUUGGAAUGCAAUGAUUGGUGGAUAUGCUGUUCAGGGUCUUGGUGAUGAUUCUUUUCGACUGUUUCGUGCCAUGAUGGCAGAAGGUUUGCUACCUGAUUGCUUCACUUUGGGGAGUCUUUUUAAGGUUUCUGGAAGAACUAGUGAUUUCCUCAAAGUCAGUCAGGUACAUGGAUUCGUUGAGAAACUAGGUUUUGAAGGACACCUUGAUUUGAUUGGGUCAAUUAUCGAUGCCUAUGCAAGAUGUGGGGGUCUAGAGAGUGCUAAUUGCUUGUACAAGACUAUGGAAGUGAAAGAUUUAACAUCUUGUACUGCGUUGAUGAAUGGAUUCGCUCGAAACAACUAUAGAACAGAGGCUAUGAAUCUAUUCAAAGAGAUGUGUAGGAUGCAGCAUAUGAAAAUGGAUGACGUCAUGCUGUGCUCGGUGCUCAAUAUGUGUGCUAAUGCAGCAUCAUUAACAAUAGGUAGACAGCUUCAUGCCUUUGCUAUUAAAAAUAAACCCAGUUAUGAUGUGGCUGUAGGAAAUUCUCUCAUUGAUAUGUAUGCAAAGUCGGGAGAAAUUGAAGAUGCGGACCGUGCUUUUGGUGAGAUGAAGGAGAAAAAUGUCAUUUCAUGGACAUCGCUGAUUAGUGGGUAUGGAAAACAUGGAUAUGGAAGCAAGGCAAUUUCAUUGUGUAAGGAGAUGGAAGAUGAAGGUUUAGUGCCGAACGACAUUACUUUUUUGUCUGGUCUCUUUGCUUGCAGUCAUUCUGGAUUAAAUAAGGAAGCAUCAGAAUUCUUUAAUAGUAUGAUCAACAGACACAAUAUCCUACCGCGAGCUGAGCACUACUCUUGUAUGGUUGAUCUCUUUGCCCGUGUAGGGCAGUUGGAAGAAGCAUACAGUACAAUUUGUAGGAACAAUAUUACACCGAAUUCCUCAUUGUGGGGUGCCAUUCUCGGGGGAUGCUUAUCAUAUGGUAACGUCGUCCUUGCUGAGACUGCAGCAAUGCAUCUCAUCAAUCUGAAUCCUGACAUUUCAGUCAAUUAUACAGUUUUGGGGAAUAUAUAUGCUACAGCUGGCCUAUGGCACAAGAAUUGCAAGAUCAGAAACUUGAUGACCCAUAGAAAGUUGAAGAAGACUCCAGGCUACAGCAGUGUAGAUUCUCCAAGGAGCAUUUACCUUACAUAA